GUCUCUUUUUACCUUAAAGUACUAGUUAAAAGGCGAUUCUAUCCUUUUCUAAAAAAGGUAAAAAUAUAGAGAAAUAAAGGUAUUGGGCAGCACAUUCAACAGAGUCAUAUUACAUUGUCUUUUACAUAGCACCACCUCUCGUAUUAAUUAGUUUACUACUACUAUUAUUUACUGUGCGGUUGACACGCGUGCCAGAAAAUGACAAACUUAUGGCCAUACGAUAGUUGUACUCCUUAUGAUAUUCUUGGAGUUUCCCCAUCCGCUGAUGUUGCCGAGAUCCGACAAAGUUUUAAGAAAAUGGCUCUGCAGACGCAUCCAGACAAACGUGUUCUGCGAUGGAGUAAUGCCAUGGCGGACGGACAGAGUCCGAAAGUCCAGGCAAACACCAUUGCAUCCUCUGGGAUUCCUUUUUAUCUUGUAAGGGAAGCGGUUGAGAUAUUACUGGAUCCUUUUCUACGCCACCAGUAUGAUCAACUGCAAUGUCAGACUAUGUUGCGCUCCGUGGGUGCCUCAAGUGAAACCUGCAGCCUCUCCGGGGACUUUGUUUUCGUAUCUUCUUUAGGUGGUUUUUCUUUUGGUGGGGGAUGGGCCGAUAUUUACCAGCGUGAAUGCCGCUGUGGUGGGACCUAUGAGAUCACACGACUUCGCUCUGAAUCGGCACGGGCAGGUAAGGAAAUACAAUCAAACGGGAGGAAUUUCGCAAGGCAAACGACAUACUGCGAAUGCGACACUUGUUCACUGGUUGUGGAAAUUGUGCUCGAUGUCUAAGUCUAGAUUACAGAUGACUCGAAUCAAACGGGAGGAAAUAGAUAAAAAACUCAAAAAAGUCAAUUGCAACUUUAUCCGAUGGAACUUCUUGUCUACUGAAUGAAGAAGUGACUAAGUAAACCAAAUUUAAUUGGUGUAAGAACCACCCUGUGCGUGCAAUCACCAGGGUGAGAGGGGGGACGUCCUUUUU